AUGUUGCUGUUGCUGCUAUUAUCACCUUUUUUCAUAUCCUCUGCACCUUUCAACAAUGCCCAACCUCAAUCUCUUGUUGCUGUUGUAUUUCCAACAAAUGGUGAUCCAUCUCCAAAUCCAGUUCCUGUUGUAACAGCAAAUGGUGACCCAUCUCCAAAUCUAGUCCCUGUUGUAUAUCCAUUAAAUGGUGGUCCAGCUCCAUCCCCACCUCCACCUCCAACUCCAUCUCCACAUCAUCCUCCACCUCCAUCUUCUGCUGUUGUUGUUGCUUUAUUUGCAUCUCCAUCUCCUACUGUUGUUCUUGCUCCAUUUCUAUCUCCAUUUUCACCAUUAAAUUCUUCUCAAAAGAAAUCAAGGCAACUCAUAAUAAUCAUAUUUGGGUCCAGUCUCGGAGCUUUAUCUUUUGUGGUGGCCUUUUGCUUUUACCUUUAUAGAAAAAAGGGAGAAUCCAAGGAACUUGAUGAGUUCUAUGUUGAUCAAGUACUAAGGAUGCCUACCAGAUUCUCUUACAAAGACUUGAGAGCCAUGACAUGCAAUUUCAACGAUGAGCUCGGGGAAAGGAGGAUUUGGGUCAGUGUUUCAAGGGAAAUUAAGUGA